GUGAGGCGGAGCUUCCCAAGAAGGAUCGAGGAUGCACAGACAUUAUUUGCCUGAUCAUCUGGCUCCUGCAUCUGGUCGGGUUUUUAGUCGUGACCUUCAGCUCACUCUCGGACACGAAUCCUGCUCGACUGUUUACGCCGAGGGAUUUUAGCGGGGGGUACUGCGGGAUCGACGACAGCCCUCGUGACCUUGUUGGCAAAGAUAAGCUGAUCUUCAUGAUGAACGUCUCCGCCAUGGCUGAGCCUGCUGCGAAGCAGCUCGUCUGCUCGAGCGUUGCCAGUGCAGCACUGGGGGUCAUCUGGGGCUCCUCCUCCACCGACUACAACGACUACCUCUGCGCAUGCUGCCUGGUCGCCUGCGAGACGUGCGAUGCAAGCCUCGAGCAGGAAGACCUGACCGACACGUCGAGCAUGUCAAGCACGAUCGGGGGUCGAAUGAUGGAACUCACGGACCUGAGUGCGGGAGCGACCCUGUUCUCUUCCGCAAGCUCAAACUUGGUAUCUUUCAGCGCUGAAGACAUUUGGAGCCAAAUAACCGUCUAUCUUACGCAGGUGUGCAUCUCUGAAACGUGCACCGUCCCCACCACGAGCAGCUUCGCCAGCUCCAGGCCCUACGUGUACAGCCCUGCCGCGGACUUGCCCUGGGCGAAGGCGUGGGCAGGGCUGAAUGAAAGCUCCGCGAGCAUCAGCGCCAUCAUCAACUCGGCCUUCAAGUUUGAAGCGCUGCCCGAAAGCCGAUGCCCGUAUGAUGCCAAGUACUGCGUCCCUUUCCCAGGCAUGGAGUUCUCAGAGCCGGUGGAGGGCCUGUGCAUGCCACAGCUUUCUCCAGAGGUUGUCGAUACUCUCAGUUCGGCGACUGCGGAGAACCUUGAGGGCCUGGGGGCAAGCGAGCUCAGUGGGGCCGUCGACAGUUCUGUGGGUUCCUUUAUCGAGGCCAUGGACGCCCUCGUCGCCAUCAGCAUCUUCUCGUUUGCAAUCGGGAUGGUGCUCAUGGUGCUUUUGCGGUUCCUGAUCGGCAUCGCUGUCUGGGGGUCGUUGAUGUGCGUGUUCUUCGCCUUCAUGAUCGGGGGCAUGUUCAUCUAUCUCAGGAGCGAGCAGUGCGCAGAUGGUGGCCUGAUCUCCUUCACCUUUGAUAUCUCAGCUAUUACCGCCACUGGCGACGAGGAGUUAACAGGGGAUGGCUCGAGCUAUGUGGGCUACCAGACGAAAACACGCAGUGGUAGGAGCUGUCAGCACUGGGCCACAGACACGCCUCACAACAACCCCUACGACGACGUUUCAGAGUUCGCAGGCUCGCCAGGUAGUAUUUCCGAUGUCUCGAAUUACUGCCGCAACCCAUCGUCGGCUGGUGCUAGCUCGAUUUUCUGCUACACCACAGAUCCGGACAUGACGUGGGAGUUGUGCUACCCAUUGCAACUGUUAACGCAGCCAGAGUGCACAAAUGGCUACAUGGUGGCGUCUGAUUGGGACCGCGACGCCAUGAAAAUAGUAGCGUACAUAUUCUGGAGCUUCGGUGGGCUCUGGUUGCUCGUCGUGUGGUGCAUGAUGAGGCAAAUCAAAUUGGCGAUAGCGAUCAACAAGGUUGCUGCCAUGUUUGUCAUGCAGAACCCAGCUGUCUUACUUGUACCGGUGUCGAAAGUUGUCAUCGGUGUCUUGUGGUGCAUCGUUUGGAUGAUUUGCGUUUCCUACAUGAUAGCUCAGGUUCCAGAUGAUUACGUCCCCUCAACCGUGUAUGCGAGUUACUGGGAAGCAGCGGGCACGGCCGACAUUCCGGGGCCUUGCACAGACAAGUGGCCCACUGGAUUCGUGUGGAAAGACGAGGACAACGCCCUCUGCAGCACCGACGAGGAUGAGCCCAAGUGUUGGAGGUGUGGGCAGCCUCGCUACGUGCUGGACUACAAGUUUGCAUACUCCUUCUUCUGCUUCUUGUGGAACAACGCCCUCGGUGUCGCGCUGUGCCAAUGUGUCAUUGCGCAUGCGUGCGCAGUCUGGUUCUUCAAACCUAACAAGGACAAGGAGGACCCCUCGAAGAGAGGCGGAGUAUGGAAUUCGGUGAAAGUUUGCUUACGUUUUCAUCUCGGUUCUUUGGCAUUUGGCGCUUUCAUCGUCGCAGUGGUGCAGUUCAUCCGCUAUUGUUUGAUGUACUUGGAGAAGCAGGCGAAGGCGCAGAAGAACAGGGUCAUGGCGCUCGUCCUGAGGGUCCUCCAAUGCUGCAUGUGGUGCCUGGAGAAGUGCAUCAAAUUCCUGAACAAGAAUGCGUACAUUCAGAUCGCGAUCCACGGCACUAACUUUUGCACUUCGGCCAAGAAUGCAUUCUUUCUUAUCCUAUCGAACGCACGGCGGUUCGCAGUCAUUGCCGUGCUUGGCGGGAUCAUGCAGUUCUUCGGUUGGAUGUUUGUGGCGUUUAGCACCGCCGUGCUCGGCUACUUCAUUUUGCAGGCAAUGCACCCGACUGUCUUCCCAGUGCUGCCCGUGAUGAGCUACAUUGUAGUGGGUUACAUGGUGGGAAAGCUUUUCAUGAGCGUAUACGCGUUGGCCGUGGACACCUGCCUGCAAUGUUUCAUCGCUGACGAGAACAACCCAGGCGCUGCGGAUCGUGUACCUGGACCGCUCAUGUCAGCGGUGAGGAACUCCAAAUUCCACCAGAAGAAGGGUGGCGACAGUGAUGCCAGUGGAAGCGCCGCAGUAGCGCCAGAGCCGGACGCAGCCGGCGGCAGCAGUGGCAGCACUGGCGAGAAGCAGGACAAUUGA